CUCCCAUAUUCCGGGGACGGCGCGCGCGCUCCCCCACGCAGCCGAGCGCGCGCCCGUGGAGCUGCUGAGCCGACAGUGUGUGUGUGUGCGUGUGUCAGUCCGCUGGAUGUGUGUGCAGAGGAGGUUCGCUGUGGAUCUGCUGCCGUGUUGUGUUCAGGGACCUUCAUGUCGUAGAAGCUUCACGUUGCUUCUCUCUGGAGCCUUUGCGUCUUUGAGUCUUUGAGUCUUGGAGGAUCUUUGAUGGCUCAGGUUUCAGUGUCGGCUCUGGAAAGUUGCGCAGCGUCAGGAACCGUGGACGCAAACUUUCACAGCUUCUCAUAAACGAGUGACAGAUUGUUUUCGUAUUUAAAUCUUAAAAUGUUUAGAUUAAAAGAUGAAGAUGAACGCAGGUGAGUCACGCGCGCUGUGAGCUCCGCGGCUCAGCUGCUGCAAGAGGAGAAGUCGUGAUCUGUGCGGCAGAGGACGCACCGAUGAGACAACAUGGGUCCACUGCUGUGUGAUGGACGACUGGCACACUUGCUCUUUCCUCUCCUCCUCCUCCUGCGGGCUCCUCUGCUGUUCAGCUUCGGAGAGCGCACCUGCCCCAACAGCUGCCGCUGCGAGGGGAAAACUGUCCAUUGUGAUUCAUCGGGCUUCUUGGAGGUUCCAGAAAACAUCACCGUCGGCUGCCAGGGCCUCUCACUGCGCUACAACGAGCUACACACCCUGCUGCCCUAUCAGUUUGCCCACCUCGGCCAACUCCUCUGGAUUUACUUGGACCACAAUCAGAUUUCAGCUGUUGACAGUCGGGCAUUCCAGGGCGUCCGGAGGCUCAAAGAGCUUAUACUGAGCUCCAACAGGAUCACGUCCCUGCACAAUUCGACAUUCCAUGGAAUUCCCAAUCUCCGCAGUCUGGACUUGUCCUUCAACAAACUGGAAGUCCUUCAGCCAGGUCAGUUCCAUGGCUUACGAAAACUGCAGAAUCUACAUCUACGCUCAAAUGGUCUCUCCAACAUCCCAAUUCGAGCAUUCCUUGAGUGCCGUAGUUUGGAGUUUCUGGAUUUGGGCUACAAUCGGAUCAAGGCUCUCACUCGCACCACCUUUUUGGGCCUACAGAAGCUGAUGGAGUUACAUCUGGAGCACAACCAGUUCUCACGGAUCAACUUUUUUCUGUUUCCACGCUUAGCCAAUCUGAGGUCACUGUACCUGCAGUGGAACCGCAUCAGGGUGGUGAACCAGGGCCUUCCGUGGACUUGGUAUACGCUGCAGAAACUCGAUCUGUCGGGGAAUGAAAUCCAGACCCUGGACCCUGCUGUGUUUCACUGUUUGCCCAACCUUCAAGUCCUAAACCUGGAGUCCAACAAACUGUCCAACGUGUCUCAGGAGGCCGUGUCAGCAUGGAUCUCGCUGACCUCCAUCAGCCUCGCUGGAAACAUCUGGGAUUGUGGGACUGGCGUCUGCCCCCUUGUGGCUUGGUUAAGGAAUUUUCGUGGCAGUAAAGACACCACGAUGAUCUGCAGCAGCCCGAAAUAUCUCCAGGGGGAAAAAAUUAUGGAAGCCACAAGAAACCAUGGGAUUUGUGAAGAAACCGAUUAUGUUCUGACUGAAACACCAUCACCAAUGUCGGAGUUUAUUUCUGAAGCCACUGCCGAACCGACCUUUGCUUCCACUGGAACCUCUGCACCGUUACCACCCAGCAGCACCUUUGGUCCUCUUCCACCUUUCAGACCUCGACCUGCUCCUCAUCCUACCUUUCCAGGUCACAUGAACAAAGACCUCCGAGACUCAGUAGCUCGCACUCGACCCACUCAUGCCCCUCCCCCAGAGGUUGAGCACAUGACUGUGCACAAAGUGGUGGUGGGCAGCGUGGCACUCUUCUUCACCAUGUCCCUCAUCUUGACAGUUAUCUAUGUGCUGUGGCGGCGCUACCCGGGUGCUACCAGGUUGCUGCAGCAGCGCUCCAUGGUGGUACGCAAGCAUCGCAAAAAGAGUCCAGAGCCGGAGCAGAACCUGAGCUCCCAGCUCCAAGAGUAUUACAUGAGCUACAACCCGGCUGCCACACCAGAAGCACUGGAGGUGCUGGGCAACGGCACCGGUUCCUGCACUUGCACAAUUUCUGGCUCCAGGGAGUGUGAGAAUGAGUACACGUGUCCGCGGCCGCUGCCCGGUGCCUGGCUGGGAGACGUUCCUACCAUCCAUUAACCCGCCCACAGAGAGAGCUGUGGACGCCGCUGCCGCCGCCGCGCAGGUGUGAAGAGAAGCCAUCAGGAUCCUAUGCCCAUCAUCUCCAGAAUGUUCUUCAGAUAAUUCUCCACGCCAAAACAAGGGCAGCAAAGGGGAGAGAAAGGGGAGUGUUUUUGUCUUAUAACAUGUUUUUUGGACUCCUCCCUCGUUUGGCCUCACACGUGUCUACCGACGUCAGCGUCUGUGGAAACACUUCAGUGGGUGGAGUCUAAUGUAAAGACUCAAAGGAUAAUGUUGUUAAAAAAAAAACACCACAAUUUGAAGAGGCUUUAAAAACAAAAGAGAAAAUCUGAGCGACGAAUUGUUGACUGAGUUGCAAACACAGAUGUGUGGAUUUGCAUAUUUUGAUUCCAUCAACUUUCAAAGUGGGCGGCGACUCGAGCGCUUGGCUGAUGUGAGACAUCAGGAAACAUAAUCGUCCGCUCCGUCUGCUUUGAAAAGUUUCCAGACAGAAACUAACGAUCCCCGAGCCAAUGAUGUUUGGCCAGAUCUUUUUUUUUUUUCUAAGAUGCAAUCAAAAACUUUUUGAGCUCGAGUUUGAUUUGAGGACCAAACGUCAAUCAGAAGCAAAAAGAGGGCGAAAAAAGGGUGAAAUGUAAUUUUUCUGCAGUUGUAAUGUUGUUAAUGUUGUACUUUAAGAAUCUGUGUUUCUGCCAUUUCUCAACACCAAAUACCAAAGAGCCGAGAGGAGCUUUGUUUCCGAGGCUUGUGGCUCUUCAAACCCGUGGAUCCAGGAUUUUUUUCUCCCUCUGAAAUAAAAUCCAGGAAAAAUCAAAAGAAGCCUCAACUCCUCCUCCAGCGUCCAGCAGCGCUCUUGUUACUGAAUUGGCUUUUUUUUGGUCCACGUGUGUGUAAUGUGUACAUCUUUGUGAACGACAGUCUUCAGUAGGAAACUCUUCUUUUAGAUUCAUUGCUUUACAUUUUUUAACACGUGCUUGUUUUCUUUAAAAGAACCGGCCUGACUCCUGGAAGAAGUUUGUGUGUGUUUUCUUUGUGUGGUUCAUCCAAGUUUGAGAGACGCUCGACUCUAAUUUGCUUUCUUUCAACCUGCAAACAUCAUCUUUCUACGCCGGAAAAUGAUCAUUUUCUAUUGUAAAUUUCUGCUUUCCCCUCCUUGAAUUGUUGAUAUUUAGUAAGCACUUCUUGUAUUCUUGUUUCACUUUCAACAACAGUUUGUUUUAUAAUGAAAAUAACCACAUCAUUGGUGAGCAAUAUGAAUU